AUGCGGAUGGAGAUGAGAAAUGGGCCCUGGGGGCCCGAAGAGCCAUCCCUGCCCCAGGGCCACGCCCCACCACAUCGAUCCCGCCCACACCCCCAACACCAUUCCCACCACAACAAGAAGCACCACAAGAAGCGCGGACGUCUCUACGCCAUGUUCUGCUGUUGCUGCUGGCCGCUGCACAAAUGUGUUACGGUGCUGUCCCUGCUCGACACGGUGAUCAUCGCCUUUUUCGCGUUCAACGCCUUCGAGGAGUUGGCGCAGACGAUUGACGAUCCGCACUGGAUCACGAUCGUUUGCUUUGUCGUGCUUACCGCCAUUUUGAUAUGUCAGAUCCUCGCUUCGAUCUGCACGGUGCUAGCCCACAAACGAAGCUUUGCCCACUAUCUGCUCCCCCGAUUGGCGCUAUGUGGAAUGCUGGUCAUCCUCUCGACCCUCGGCUGCAUGUUUGUCCUCUACUAUUUCAUGAGUGGGGAGGAGAAGAUGAACAAGAUGGUCUUCCAACUUCAUGAUUAUUUCUACCCCGGCGAGCUCGAUGACUUCGAGAAGGGAAGAAUGGUAUCGGAUUUGAAGAUCUACGCUGGAGUUUUUGGAUUGCUCUCCUUCGUCUACGCGCUCUACAACGGUUUCGCACUCAUGCUGACGAAGAAGUACUACGAGCACCUGAACGGCUUCCGGCCGCUCCCACAAGAAGCCUCGGCCCCAGCCUACAACCCCGACUACCCGCCGCCCCACCACAAGCAGGACGCCAGCAAGGGGGCCACCUAUCCGAGCCUGCCA